AUGCCAAGUUUGGCAAACGAGGGCGUCUUCAUCGUGUCUCUUGACGAACAAGCCAGGGGUAUCACCACCGCUAAGAUCGCAUGUCUGAAACAAAUUCUUCAGGAGAGAUCUUCUAGCAACGAGGGCCACUGUAACAGUACGUGGGAUGGAAUCCUAUGCUGGCAGAACACGGUUUUAGGGGCAGAAGCUUACCAGUCAUGUCCAACAUACAUCAACGGCUUUAGAGUAUCUGGAAAUGCUUCUAGGAAAUGUAUGCCCAACGGGGAUUGGUUCGUUCAUCCGAUUCUAAAUCACUCCUGGACCAAUUAUACGGGAUGUAUGUCAAAAGUGGAAGUGGAUGGACCAGUCAGCGUAGAGCACGUGUUACGGAUUAAGUUGAUGUACAACGUUGGCUACGGAGCGUCGAUUGUGUCGUUGGUGACUGCUGUCAGUCUCAUGAUUUACUUCAGACGUCUGCACUGUCCCCGAAACACCGUUCACAUCAACCUGUUUGCGUCCUUCAUCCUGCGAGCCGCCGUCAGUUUUGUGAAGGACAAUCUGCUGGUGGAGGGUCUAGGUUUGCCGGGCGACCUGGACUUACAGCCAGAUGGAUCAUACGUGUUCAGAGAGGAAGGCACGCACUGGCAAUGCAAGCUGGUUUUCACCAUAUUCCACUACUCCCUUGGUGCGAAUUACGUGUGGAUAUUUGUGGAAGGCCUAUAUCUUCAUAAUCUGAUAUUCGUCACCGUCUUCUCUGACAGAAGCGGUGUGGGGUGGUACAUACUGCUGGGCUGGGCCUCUCCUCUUUUAUUCAUCACUCCUUGGGUUGUCGUCCGCAUAUUAGUCGAAAACACUCUAUGUUGGAAUACAAACCCAACACCUGGUUUCUUCUGGAUAAUGCGAGGCCCUAUUGUCGUUAGCAUAGCGGUGAAUUUUAUAUUUUUUGUCAACAUUGUCCGGGUGUUAUUUACAAAACUACAUGCAACAAGUACGCCAGAAGUGAGGAGGUAUAAAUAUAGGAAGUUAGCCAAGUCUACCCUCGUCUUGAUACCAUUGUUUGGAGUCCAUUAUAUCGUAUUCCUUGGAUUUCCGGACGGACUCAACGACAAAGUGGAGCUUGUCAAGAUCUACUUUGAAAUGUUUUUUAAUUCAUUUCAGGGAUUUUUUGUGGCCUCUCUUUUCUGUUUCUUCAACGGAGAGGUGCAAGGGGAGGUUAGAAAAAAAUGGAUCCGAUGGCGCAUGGGAGUACGUAAAAAGUCGAGACGACCAAAGCGACGCCAAUGGUACACGUCAACCAGUUACUACAGCAACAGGAACCGUAACUCACAGCAAUCGCUACAGUCUUUCGGACUCGAAAAGAACGACAGCUCCUCUCAAGAAGGCGCCCAGAUCUGCCAACGAUGUCUGAUGGAAAGACGUCAGUUCAGAGUCUACGUCGAACGCUGUCGGCGUAUGAACGGCCACGUCGUCAGAGUUGAUGCAGAGGAGCCACAGCCGAUGUUCCGAGUGACGUUCGAGCGGGAAUCCGGGUUCUGA